CUGGCCGAAGGUUUCCUCCUGAGUCAGGCAGAGGAGAGAAAGCAGGGAACGGAUCUCUUUGCAGAAAUGGACCUGGGUUCCUGUGAGACAGAGAGGCCUCCCUUGGACACCAGAGAGCGGCCACUGGGUGACAGAAUGAUGCCAGCAAAACCUCCUGAUCCGCCUUUUCAUGGGGGCAGAAGGGAAGCAGCGGCUGUGGAACCAGAUCAGGGUCCAGUCUGCUUGGAAGAUGUCACCAUUCGUUUCACGGACGAGGAGUGGGCGUUCCUGGAUCCUGACCAGAGAGCUCUGCAUAAGGACGUCAUGGAGGAGACUCGUGGGAUCGUGGCCUCUCUUGGUAAGGCUCCCUGUGGGAUCAUCAUAUCAGCCUGGAAAUUCAACACAUACCUCUAUGGAACCAACCUCAUAUAUUUUCACAGAGCUCAACAGUGCCCCCUAUAACACCUGGGAACCUAACACCCCCACAAUAAACAGUAACUUACAG